AUGAACUCAUCUAAAACUUCAAGAACCACAAAAGCCAUCAAUUAACUACACAUAGAACAAAAAAUCUCCUUUAAAAAUCACUUUAAUAUAUCUACGUUAAGAGAAUCAGUUCCUACAAUUUUAAAGGCAAAUCCAUUUUCGCCUUCAAUACAAUCAUUUCCUGUAUAAAAAUAACCAAAAUAGAAUGGGUAUAGAAAAUUAUCUAUAGAAAAGAAAAUCACUUUACUAAAAAAAGAAAUAAUGAAUUCGUAAUCGGGAAAAUCUAAAUAGUUAUUUCAAACUCAAAAACUAUAAAUCAAAGAGGGAUUCUAUGUAAUUGAUGUAAAAAGUGAUAUAAAAUCUAUCAGAUCGAAUGAGAAUCGAUCUGAUAAGAAAUUCAAACUAUUCCAAUCCCCUAUUGCAAUAUAGGAUAAAUUAUCUAAAUAUUCUAACUUAUAAGAGAAAUAAACAUUUCUUUUCAAAUUUAGAGAAAAACACCCUUUGGUCAUUGAUGAAGUCUCUAACCAUACACCAAAAUACUAGGCUCAAUCUAAAUAACCGAGUGAACCUAAUUCACCUUUUUUUAUAAGAAAAUUAUAAUCAUAAUAAAUAAUAUAAAGAAGUAUCAGUUAAGGUGUCAUUGAGAAACCAAAAUAAAAUAAAUGGAUAGCUUGGCCAUAAAAUUUAGAGGGUUGGAAUACUCAUAUGAACAAUCCUGAAGAAGAUAUAAUGUCAUAACUUCAUUAUUUUUGA